GUUAGUCCAGGACACACCUGCCUUCAUUAUCUACACAAUAAAUAAACAAAAAUUAUUAGCACCUCAGGUAUCCCCCACCAGGGCGUGGCAGGAACCGGAUACUCAUCAUCAUACUGACCGUCGCCCGAGACGGUGUAAUCGACAAUGUUCUUGUCGUGCUUUGGGUCUGGCCGCCGUCAGAGGUCUGACGAGGAGCAGCCGCUCCUUCCUCAAUAUGACGACGACACGUCGCUGCAGAGGCGUCUGCAUGAGAAAUUACACACGUACCAAAUGCUACGGGCCUUGUCUAAGGGUUUCAUGCCAUCCAACGAGCAGGCCAUUGUCAAUCUCCGCACUCUGCUUUCGGCAGACAUCCUCAACCCAGAUAACGACGAGCUGAGCGACUCGGGCCAGGCCCUCGCGCAUUACACCAAACAGUUGAUAACUCAGCUCGUUGGGCUUCUGCAGCACAAGAACAACAAUGAUCAGAUCCAGGACUUUUUCUGGUUCCUCGCCAAAGCGAGGCUCUCCGUUGACAUGGAGCACAUUGCCGAGCGCGCAGGCAAGGCAAAGGCAAAGGCCGAUACAGCUGCUGCCUACAAGAGCCUCCAGACUGUUGGCUCGCUGCUUCUUACCAAUUCUGACUUCCGCCUGUUUCUCUCGGAUCUUAAUGUUGUCUCUCGUGAGGUGUUCAAGGACACUGCGUUCGCCUUGUCUGAGGCAGCCAAAGACACUGGCAAGCGUUUGGAGCCAUCGCAGUCCGAGCAGGAUGCGGUGAAGGAGCCCGGAAACGAAUCGCAGAUCAAGCCGACUCAGCAAGACCUUUCAGAGCAGGUCUCGGAGGUUCAAAAUGCUUUGACCGACGGCGCAUUGACUGUGGUGAAAGGGGCAGAAGACAGUAUCGCAAGCAAACUCGAGGGCCAAGAGAAGGACACAAUGCUUCAACGUUUGAAGCAGGCUGUGCUGAAACUCCGACAGCGUAGAGACUAUUCGGAUUCGGUUUCCACCUUGUCGCUACUUCUAAAACGCUACGCCAUGGUGUACUCGCGCAUCGCUCGUGACACACUGCAGGCCGCCGACGAGGAUGUCGAUCGCAACCCCGAGACAGACCGGGCUUUGUGGAACUUUUGGAUCUUCGUCAAAUCGUUUGGCGAGCCCAAGGAAUGGGAGGAUCUUGAGGCGAGGUUCAACGAGGUCAUGGAUCACGGCCGGAAUGAUCCAGAGUUUGAGAGCCUAAUUGGCGCGUUGGGGGAUGCGACGCAAGAGAUGUUUACUGACCCGUCUUUCUUCGACCACGCAGAGCAGCGUUUCCAGGACCUUAGGGAAAAGUCCCGCCAGCUCGUGUCUCGUUCUUCCUUGCGCGACAGCAUAGACGGCCUGUUUGCCAAAGUGCAGUCUACGUUCUACUCGGUUCUCAAUGACAAGGAUGUGGCCCGCAUCCUCAAGACCACGGCUACCAUUAGCAAGAUCCUUUCCCCAUCGCACCAGUACACCAACACGGACCUGAUCACGGAUUCCAUGAACGUUUUUGUACCGUUGCUCAUCCAGUCCAUCAACUACAUUCCGAUCCCACGACUUGAAAUUUCUACCCCUGAGAUCGACCUUCUGCUGGAGAAUCUGAUCCUGGAACCUGGCGUAACAGUCAACCACACGUCUUUCUUCCCGUAUAAGCUACGGAUCGAGACGUACAAUGAUCUAGAAAUCCGCAAGGCCAGGUUUCGGACGGCCUCGGCUGUCAAGAGUUUGGUCAGCAUUAAGAUAAGCGGACUUUCCAUCCGUGCAGAAGAAGUCGGCAUUUGGUUCCGUGCGCACUCGGGGCUACUCCGACUAGCCGACGAGGGAAUUGCCUCGUUUGAACUCGACGAGAAGGGACUCGACGUUCAGAUUGACGUUGAGGUCGGUAAGGACAGGCUCGAUAGUAUCCUCUCUCUCAGGAGUGUUCGGGUUCAUAUACACAAGCUCAACUAUACCUUGCGCAAGAGCAAGUUCAGCUUUAUCGCGUGGAUAUUGAAGCCGUUCCUGCGGCCCAUCAUCCGCAAAACACUCGAGGUGCAGAUUGCAGCAGCCAUUAGUCAGUCCCUGCAAUUCGCCAACCGCGAACUUCUCUACGCACGGGAGAGGCUUCGGGCCACUAGAAUCGCGGACCCCGACGACCUGCGCACAUUUUUCAAGGCCGUCAUUGCCAGGCUCGCGCCCCCCAAUGACCCUGAUCUUUACACCCGGGUCGGCGUCGCCCAGCCUGGCCGAGGCGUAUUUGAGGGGGUCUAUGCCCCAGGAAGUGUUGUUAAGCUGUGGAACGAAGAAGCCAUACAAGCAACGCGGAGAAUUCGCGAGAACCAGAGGGACGGUUGGCGGAAUGAUGUUUUUGAUGUACAUGCUACAUUGCUGGGCUAAGGGGUAGGUUACGGCGGCGGAUAUAAAACAGUCAGAGACAACAGCCGCACAGAGAUUGACAUGGUUAUGUACCUUGGAAAGGUGUCGAUGAGUUUACGAGAUAUACAUAUACCCAGUUACUGGAGCUCUCUCCGGGUCUAGAACGCUCACGCCUCCGCUAAUUAAUAUUCUCACAUCCUUCAAUCGCUGUUCGCUCUUCUUUCCUUUAUAUCACCCACUCGUUUCACGACUUCUUUCAGGAGUGUUGUUUAUGUUAUAGUCGUUGCUCGACGUUCAAGUCCCUAAUUUCUCCAUUUGUAAGAAACAACCGACCUGAAAGUCAUUAGACUAGGGCUCAUUCCGGAUUACGUAUAGAACGGAAGUCAAGUGUUUCUAACGGAUGGACUACAUCAGCUCUUCAAUAAUUGCCUUCCAAAGGCAUUUUCCU